UGAAAUUCAGGGGUGGAGUGGAUGAAGGAGGCUGAAACCAGCUGGUGUUCGGCCCGACCAAUGAUCCGCACAUCGGCAAAGGCAAUCCAAUCCGUUAUCGACAAUAGGAUACUCUACUCUAUACUCAUACCAUGAAAAAGCGCAUAGCUGUUCUACAUCAAAAUAACUCAGCCGUUGAGCUGGUUUAAUUACCGCCGGUACAGACAGCUAACUUACUGGAUUCCUCCAACUGUUUAAGGACGUGCCGUGCGGGUUCUAGGCUUAUUAACAGUUGAGCCAACACUUGAGCAUGCUCGCUCAACUAAUCAACCGGGUCUUUUCAGGUUCAGCGCUUGCUGACGACAAGUCAGUGUUGUGGGUUUAUUUGGAUGCCGCACAGUUUGAAGCUGAGUUGAAGUCAACAAGCACGGAGAUAUAGCCUUUAUCACCUGGCGCCUACCGAAACACAACAUCCUCAGAAACUGCUCUGGUGUUAGCUGAUACUACUUCUAUUCUUCUUCAUUUCUUCAUUUCUCGCUUCUUUCAAUUCUCUAGAUGCAAUUUGGCUAUGGCGUUCCAUUGGAAUUACCUUGAGCAUCUCUGAGCGAGAUGGCUCACAUAGAUAAUAAUAUUUCUGUGUGAACAAGGCGGGCAAGCGUGACAGAGGUGCACUACUUCCAAACUGCUGCGGCCGCCGUGCCUAUUCUGUUGUUAUGUUGUUCUGAAGUGCGAUGAUGCUCUCAUUACAUAUCAUGAGAAUCAUAUAUCAAUUGGACCGUUGGGCACACAUCCUGUAGGCGACCCUCUGUUUGAAGCCUCCCGAUUCAAUCAUUUGAUAUGAGGGUUCCACAUAUCAAUAGUCUCUGAUGGCUGACCGUUCCCUUACUAUUUCUAUGAGCAUAAAAUGCGUUUAUUUCAUUCAGUUACUCGAUUCGUCUUUCACUUCAUUAUCAUUACCUCUGUCACAGCCGUGCCUCUUUUCAAAGACAGCAGGAAGCUCUGCGGGGGACCUUCUAGCAUUCCCAACCUAGAUUCCGAAGAAUUGAUACAAAUUGAUUUAGACCAUGUUGCGAGCUCUUCGUUUUGGAAUACCGGCAAUCACAAGCCAGAUAGCACCCUAGAUGCAGAUUCUGGGGGCACGCCUGGAUACAGUCCGAUUCAGGCGCACCUGGGCGAAGCUUUUCCUCCUCCAAUAAUCCCCUGGACCGCAGAAAAUGCUGAUAGGCUUUCGAAAGCCAACUCUAACAAUACGGGACUCUACUAUCGCGACCAAGUUGUAAAUCUCACGACCUAUCCAUGGAGCACGAUCGGCCGGGUUUCCUUCCAGCGCUUCAAAACCGAUACGGGAGGGUGGUGUACGGGUUCCCUCGUGGGGAGGAAUCUCAUACUCACUGCCAGCCACUGCUUUCCGUGGGGGUAUGGUCGAGAUCGAUGGAUGAGAUUUUCACCAGGGUAUGGCAAUGGCUCUGAGCCAUAUGGAAGCUCCUACAUAUCGCGAUGCCGCGGGGUGAAAAAUACAUUCAACGUCACCGGAAUUGACUAUAUCGUCUGCCAGCUGUGUGAAGCGCUUGGGGACCGGGCUGGUUGGAUGGGUACAAGGUGGUGGAAGGAUGCGGAUUUCUACAUGGAUCGGUCAUGGAGGAGUUCCGGAUACCCGGCUGAUGCGUUUCAGGGGGAUGAGCAGAUGCUUUUGGCGGAUAUUAGGCUUCUCGACGUUGAUUUCCAUGGGCGUCUUGGGAAGGAAUUGGAGGCUAGAACGUUUGCCUCACCCGGCUGGUCUGGUGGACCGAUGUGGGAGUAUAUUGAUGGGCAGCCGACAAUUGUGGGUGUUUGCAGUGGGGGAGAGAAGGAUUGUAGUGAGGAGGUUGGCAGUUGUAAUGGUAUGGAAGACUCAAGUUCUUACCAUGAUGUCUCUGCAGGAGGGAAGCUUAUGACCGAUCUUGUCGCCUAUGGUUUGGCCCAUUGGGAUUCUGCAGGCUAUAUGGAAUGAUCUCCUGCCGUGACUUACAUACACUGCCGGUCCGGGUUAAUGGCAUCGGUUAUGUUUCAUGACUCAGUAUAGUCAUUGUUACUUAGCAAGGGUCAACUGUACUUACAUCCCCGGUUUCCUAAUUGGAACGUUUGUCCCUAGAUUCCUUCGGCUUCUAACAAUGAAUUCGAUUUUAUUCUUUUUUGCCUUUUGCCUCUUUCUUCUCUACGCAAAGCAACCAACCAGUUUAUGUAGUUUGUUUGGGCGUAGACGUGCCGUAGAGGGAAAGCUUCAAAUCAUUUUGCAAAUUAGGUGUUUCUCUAUGGUUAAUAGAUAAUUAAAGAUAAGAUUUUAUCAAGCAUUAAUCCCCAAGGUAAAAUGGGAACUGCUCAUCAG